AUGGUGGAAGGCAACAAAUCCUGGAAAAAGAAUAUAAAACAUCUAUUUUCUAAUCUACAUUCAGCGUUGAUACAGAAACUACAAAAGUUUGAUUUCGAUGCCGAUUCGUCCAUAAAUAACUCUUCAUCUCCUGGUUCAGCUGCAACCUCAAAAAAGUCUGAGGCGAUUCUCGCACCAUUAAAUGUACCAUUAGCGGUAUCAUCACAAUCUCCAAACUUUGAAGGCAUCACAUUAAUAUGGUUUGAUCCACGUUUAAAUACAACUGAUGAUACCAAGCAAACAGCGAAAGAAUUAAGAGAAAUAAAUAAUUAUGUAAUCUUUCAUUCCGAUCAACUUGAAUGUGUUGACUAUAUAAAAUCAGUUAGAGAUGAAAAAAUAUUUCUUAUUACGUCUGGAAAAGCGGCUUCGAGUAUUUUACCAGAAACCAUUCAAUUAAAACAAAUUGAUUCAAUCUUUAUUUUCUGUUUCAAAAUUGAAAAAUAUCAAGAUUUACUACAAAAAUAUGAAUCUGUAGUUGGUAUUUAUAGCAACCGUUCGACUUUGAUCAAUGCUAUCAAAGAAAAUGUUGAUUUAUUGCAGAAGCAAUUAAAUGCAUUUAGUUUCUAUAAUGAACAUCAAGAAAAAGCAACACGUGAUUUAUCUCAAGAAUCUGCCGAAUUUAUCUGGUUUCAAUUAUUUAAAGAUGUUAUUCUACGAAUGUCAGCAAAUAACAAUGCAAAAGAACAAUUAAUUCAAUUUUGUAGUCAAUAUUAUCGUGGAAAUCAGAAAGAAUAUAAAAAUAUUGAUCAAUUUGAAUCUUCCUAUCGACCAGAUAAAUGUAUUUAUUGGUACACACGAGAAACAUUUUUGUAUAAGCUUGUUAAUAAAGCUCUGCGUACAGAAGAUAUGGCACAGUUAUACAUAUUUCGGUUCUUCAUUGUUGAUUUAUCAUUACAUUUAGCAAAGCUACAUGAAAAAAAUCGAGAAAAAGACAAAGUUGUGAUGCUUUAUCGUGGUUUAAAAUUGGAAAAUGAAGAAUUAAAUAGAUUGAAGCAAAAUGAAGGUAAUUUAAUUUCAACAAACGGAUUUCUUUCAACAAGUCGUUCGAAACAAGUUGCUCUGAAAUUUGCUCUAAAAUCUGCAAAAAGAACUAAUGUAGUUUCCACAUUGUAUGAAAUUGAAUGCAAUUUAAAUGAAUCAAAAUCAAUCGUCUUUGCUGAUAUUACAAAAUAUAGUGAAUUUGCUGCCGAACAGGAAGUUUUAUUCGAUCUUGGUAGCACAUUUAAGAUUCAAUCUAUUAUUGAAGAUAAAGAAUUAAAAUUAUUUGUCGUUAAACUAAAAGCAAGCGAUGAUGGAGAAAAAAUGGCUAAAGAAUAUAUUGAAUCAAAUAGAAAAGUCAAUGAAGAAACGAGUUUAGAUAUUCUAUUUGGUAAAUUACUUUUACAAAUGGGAAAAUAUGAUCAAUCAAUAAACUAUUUCGAAAAUUUAUUAAAUGAAUCCAAUGAAAAAGCAGAUAUAGCACGAAUUUAUAACGAAGUCGGAUGUGCAUAUUUGUGUAAAGGUGAAUUUAAGGAAGCACAUGAAUAUAUUUGUCGCGCAUAUAUAAUGAUGAUUCAAGCAAAACCUUGUCGUGUUAAAGAUUCAGCAAGACCAUUAACAAAUAUGGCUAAUAUUUAUCUUCGAAAAGAAAUGUAUAACGAAUCAUUAGAUUUCUAUUUUCAAGCAUUAGAAAUUCGAGAAAAUUUUUAUGGUAAAGAACAUUUAGAUACUGCUAUAACAUUGAAUAAUAUUGGUAAUGCUUAUUAUAAAAUGCAAGAUUAUUUAACAUCAUUGAUGUAUUACGAAAAAUCAUUUGAUAUUCGUCGAAAACAAUUACCAAAAACUGAUAUGGAUAUAGCAGCAAGUUUAAAUAAUAUAGGACUUGUCUAUUCGAAAAUGAAUAGGGUAUAUGAAGCACUUGAUUGUUAUUUACAAUCAUUGGAAAUUAGAAAACGAAUACUUCCAUCAGAGCAUAAUGAUAUUGUCCAAAGUUUAAUGAAUAUUGCACAUGUGCUUUACGAACAAAAUGCGAUAGAUGACGCAUUGAACUAUUUCUCUAAAGCAUUACAAAUUCAGAAAAUUGAAUUUGAUCUGACAGAUCGUGAUAAACUUGUAGAUCGUCUAGAAAAACAUUUCGGACCUAAACUAAGUCACGAUGCCUCUCAAAAUAUCGUUUAUGCUGAAAGCUGUAGGUAUAUUCCGUCUGACUCUUCUUCGCAAGUCUCUCAUUGGCCUGAGUACGCCAUCUGUAUACGAAAUGCAGAACCUGUCAAUAAUAUUACUUAUCGUGAAUAUCAUGAAGCCCUCAACAUAUGUCCUGCACCGCCAAGACGGCGGAUUCAAGAAUUCGUUUAUUCUCUUUUCGAUGAAUUCAUCAAAGCGCUUCAUGAAAAUAACGAUGAUCAAAAGAUCUUGAAUCUAUGGAAACAAGUACUAAAUAAUUGCAAUGAAACAUUUGAUGAUCACUCUGGAAAUAUUCAAAACUUAAUAUGGCGUCUGGAAAAUGAUAUAAUACAUACUUAUAAUAGUUUCGAUGAAAGUAAAGAGGCUCUUCAUUUUUACGAAAAAGCUCUAUCUAUAUUGGAAAGCUCAACUUCACCAUUAGUUGACAUCGACAAUAUACGAAUCGUAUGCUUGGAUCGUAUUGCAACCAUUCAUCAACGAAAUGAUAAUUUUGAAUCAGCACUCGGAUAUUUAAUUCGUGGCUUAAAUGUUAUGCAACGCAAGGAAAUAAUACCUAGGGCAAUUGCCGAUAAAAUGCGUCAUAUUGGUCUUGUGCAUAUGACUCUUGGGAAUUAUGAUUUGGCGUUAACAUCUUUCAAUAAUGCACUCACUAUACUGCAAUCAGAUUCGAUAGAUCCGAAUGAUCGAGAGAUUAAAUUAACUUUAAGACGAAUCGAUGAAGCUAAAGAAGCACUUGAAUCAACUACAAAUGCCUAA